AUCCCCAGCUGACGACGGUGACGGUAGUCAGUCUCCGAGCUGGCUACGCUUCGGAAGUGAGCAUGGAGCUUGCUAACAGGCAGCUAUCCUAUGCUGUGUAGCGUCUUCCCAGUGUGUGUGACACAUCGCUAGUGACCAUAUGAUCGUGUCGGUUGAGCCGUUGGCAAAGGUGUGUUGCGGAAUAGCCGCUCGCCGGUCUUCCAAAGUUGUGUGAGACCAGGAGGACCUCUGGAUCUGAGCCCUGUGAUGCUUAUGAUGUUGAAAGACUUCAGCACAUUCACAUCACCUGGCCCCACUUGGUCUGCUAACCCAGUGGUGUGUUAAAUUUAUCCCCUAAUCCCCGCUUGGAAUCACUAUGAUCAUUUGCGCUGAUCCAACCCUGCCCUUUGGGACAAGAACCCCCCAUAACCAAGCUCAUCAAAUGAUAUGAUAGUAGCUGCCUGGAUCAGUUACUGUGCCUGCAGGAGCUUUGCACAGGUUCUGGUAUUGCUUUCCUCCACAAACUCCUUUCCUUCCCUGUGGGAGACCCUCGCCUGUGUGCUCACCGGCCGUGGAACCAUGGGUAAUAGCUGCGUGUGCCGGGAGGAUAGCGAUGCGGAGGACCAACACCACGGGACGUCGAGAGCGUCUCGAGGACAAGCCAGGCGGGUGGACCACGGUACGGGCACGGCUGUUGAUGCGGGAGAGUCUCGCAGCAGUCGCCCGAGGGACCCGGUCAGACCCCCGCGUAGAGGGCGUGGACCCCACGAGCCACGACGGAAGAAGCAGAACGUUGAUGGCCUGGUGCUGGACACGCUGGCUGUCAUCAGGACCCUUGUAGAUAAUGAUCAAGAACCACCUUACUCCAUGAUCACGUUACAUGAGAUGGCAGAGACAGAUGACGGCUGGCUGGAAGUUGUACAGUCUCUGAUUCGAGUGAUCCCAUUAGAUGACCCACUUGGCCCAGCAGUCAUCACCCUUCUAUUGGAUGAAUGUCCCCUGCCCACUAAGGAUGCUCUCCAGAAGCUGUCCGAUAUGCUGAGUCUGAGUGCAGCUGUGGCCCAACAGGACGCUCUGAACCCUGCCAAACACAGAAACACCACAGCCGUCCUUGGAUGUCUGGCUGAGAAACUGGCUGGACCAGCCAGUAUUGGACUGUUGAACCCUGGAACUCUUGAGUACCUUCUAGAGAGCAUGAGCUCUGAGGCGCACCCUACUGUCAUGCUGUUUGCUCUGAUUGCCUUGGAGAAGUUCUCUCAGACCAGUGAGAACAAGCUAACGGUAUCAGAGUCUUAUAUAAGCAAGAGACUGGCUGUGCUGGAAUCGUGGGCAGAGCACUCCGACUACCUAAAGAGGCAGGUGGGAUUCUGCUCACAGUGGAGCUUGGACAACUUGUUCCUGAAGGAAGGGCGUCAGUUCACCUACGAGAAGGUCAACCUCACUCAUAUCAACGCCAUGCUCAACAGCAACGACGUCAGCGAGUACCUCAAGAUCUCCCCCAGUGGAUUAGAGGCUCGGUGUGAUGCAUCCUCCUUCGAGAGUGUGCGUUGUACGUUCUGUGUGGAUUCGGGCGUGUGGUACUACGAGGUGAUAGUCAUUACAUCAGGCGUGAUGCAGAUCGGAUGGGCCACCAAGGACAGCAAGUUCCUCAACCAUGAGGGUUACGGGAUUGGCGAUGAUGAAUACUCGUGCGCAUAUGAUGGCUGCAGGCAGCUCAUCUGGUACAACGCUCGCAGUAAACCUCACGCUCACCCCUGCUGGAAGGAGGGAGAUGCAGUCGGCUUCCUGCUGGACCUCAGCAGAAAGCAGAUGAUCUUCUAUCUGAAUGGACAUCAGCUGCCGCCAGAGAAACAGGUCUUCUCCUCCGCUACGUCCGGCUUCUUUGCGGCAGCCAGUUUCAUGUCAUACCAGCAGUGUGAGUUUAACUUUGGCGCCAAGCCUUUCCGCCACCCACCCUCGGUCAAGUUCAGCACCUUUAACGACUUUGCUUCACUGCUACCCAGUGAAAAGAUCAUCCUACCAAGACAUCGGCGUUUGGCUUUACUGAAACAAGUUAGCAUCCGGGACAACUGCUGCACGCUGUGCUGUGACGUCAUGGCUGACACAGAGCUGCGGCCCUGUGGACAUGGGGGUAUGUGUAUGGAGUGUGCCUUACAGUUAGAAACGUGUCCCCUGUGUCGCCAAGACAUCCAGACUCGCGUCAGACUCAUUGCACAUGUCUCCUGACACUCCUCGUGUAAGGAGAGACGCACAAGCCCUACUGCCACCUGCCCCCUCCAAGCCCCUCUGGCCCAGCCAGUUUGGAGGACGGUGCUACAGUGAACAUACCAGAAUUAUGCAUUCUGGUCAGAGGAGGUCUUGGUGGAGGGGUGAUGAUAGGAAAGAGAGGAGAUGAGGAGAUUGGAAGCCAAACACAGCAGAAUUCCCGUUAGUUUUCACUCAUUUAAUGACACCUCUGCUUGUGUUCUUCUGAGCUGAAGCAAGACAAGGAUCCUGCUGAACUGUUCACGCUCCAAAGGAGGGAGUCAAAACAACGUAAUCAGAUUACAUCAAACCUCUCAUCUGCAAGACUCAGUUAGCGGACCUCUGUUCACAAAUGAAGAUACCCCCUGUUUAGAGAGCACUGCGUUGGGAUCUGCAAAAGCACGGUAGUAGUAAGUCGCAAGUAAAGUUUUAAGCCUAAGGUACAGACAAAUGUGAGAUAUAUUUCACUUUUAUAUUACUGGGUGUAAAUCUGCAAUUUGUGUUCCCAAGGUAGCAUUAUCCUUGUCUUUGCUCCGUGUUGUACUAACAUCCCUCGGUUAAUGUCACUUCCUCUGCUGAUCCAUAGCCCGCCCGGUAUGUGGAAUUUCCACAAAUCCGCACCAUCUGAUACAUUACUCUGAUAUAAAUGUCCGAAAACCAAAAAUGUGCAGGACUCCAUUAGUUUACAAAUACCUAAUUUACUUUACAAAGUCAAAUGUUAAAUAAUCCAGUCUGACCAGAGAAAUGUACAUUGCUGCCAAUAAGCAAACUUCAAUCGAGGACUUUAAUGAUUUUACACAGUGUCUGCUUGCUUGUGCUUUAUUUCAAGUCUUAGAUUGUCCUUUGCUUGCAGUGAUGUAAGUAAGGACCAAAGGGAGUAACAGGAGCCUAUUUGUUCCCAGUAAAGUUGUGGCUAACGUUGAUAGUAAACAAAGGCGAACCACCCGAGUCUUCAGUUUACUUAAUCAGCUUGACCUAUAAAUGUGGCACGUGUCGCCACAAGUAAAUAUCUUAAUUUCUACUUGAGAGGAGUUUACAAUAAUAAUAAUUUAAAAAAACAAAAAAACAAAAACAAAAACAAAAAAACUCAUAUUUGUUAAAACAGUCACUAUAACUGGACAGUAGUACAUGAUAACUAUGAUCUGGAAAAAAAAAAAUCUGCCAUCUCUUGCCUCAUCUUGUGCCUCUCAUUUCAUAUUCCUGAAAGAAACCACUGACCGAGAAAAAACCACAACCAAUCAGUGACAGACGGCGUGACUUAGGAAGUCGCAAUCAUUUGUUGCAUACUCGUCGGCACACCCAUUGCGGGCACACCCUUGCGGCACCACGCUGACCUGUUACCCAAUAAAAACACCCUUUGAACUGCAGUUUUCUUGUUUACAAGGCCCCGGAUGCAAUGAGUGUGCGACAAAUGACUGACACCUUUAAUUGACUAUAUUAAGACAUCUGUCUUUCCAAACACGAAUAUGUGAUGGGAUUUAACGAAAUCAAAUGAAAAUUGAAAAAAAUGUCAGGGAUGGUGUUGUAGCGUUUAAAUGCUUCAAAGACUAAUGUGAAAGUAUCCCCCAAGUCUUUCUCAAUAAGAUGUGGUGGCAUCUGUUUGUAACUAUAUUUAUUUUUUAUGGCACUCUUAGUCGUCUGCUUGUUUACAAAAUUUUCCAAAACUGCUGUAUCAUCCUGGUUACAAGCGGUCGUGACAGCUUCAGACUGACCCUUUACAAUGGAUAUCCUGUUUUCUGACUGAGUUACUGCCCACUUUUACUUGAAGCAUCUCUGGCUUAGUGUGGUUUUCGAGGAGGAUUCCCUUUCAGUGACUUAUCUAAAGAUGUGGUUCAAUUGUUCAUAAAAGCAACACAGAAAUGUAUCCACCAUUCGCAUGAACUAGAGCUGUAAUAGUAAAGUAUACUGGGAGGAUUUCUGAAGACUUGAAUUUAGUGAGACAAAUCCUUGUACCUACUGUUUGCUGAUUUGGAGCACCUUAUAAGAGCAGCUGAGAGAAAUAAUGAAUUGUAUGGCUGGAGACAAAAUUCAGGAUAAAAUUGUCAAAUAUUGUUUUGAAAAAUUAACUGAGGAAUUUCCCCCAGAAUUCCCAAAGAUGUGAUUCAUCAAAGAAUUGUUGUAUCCUGGAUUGUGCCAUUUGUAAUAAAUGUAUGUUCAUGUGA